UAUACGAAGCAAAAUAUCCUUCCAGAAGCUUAGGUGUAGCUAUUACCAUAUUACUCCACAUACGCUACCAAAUAUAGUACACCUAAUCCCUUUCAGGUUUGCAAGGGAUGUGAACAGGUGGAGAGGGAAGGGAGCAUAGUUUUCAUAAUGAAAUCGAGCCCUGGACAAAAGAGGGAAGCCAUUGUUCUCUCAACAAAAGAAUUACAGAAGUGUUGUGACUCCAGGAGGAAGCAGUAUGCUACCAGACACCAGUGUCUCCAGCUCGUUGAGGUAGAGCUUCUCACUGUCCAGGAUAGUUCUCAGCACCAUGAGCCUCCUAUCCAGCAUCUCUACAGGGGUACGCAGGACCUGAGAGAGAAAACACUCUGCUGAUAAAAGCAGUGAGCUCAACUCCGCUUGACAUCUCGGCUCACCCUGAUGGUUAACCAUAAUCCUGACUGCAGCACCUUGGACAGCGCACACAGGAAACGGAUGGCAAGUACACAUGCAGCUCUGAUAUCACAAGUGCGACACACAAACACUUGUGAUAGGCCUACUGAUGACAAGCAAAAUGAUAAUGUCUGCAGUCACUCGCUGCAAUUAUAAAUUGGGAGGAAAACACUGGCAUGCUGGAAUGUUUUUUGUGCAUGUUUGAGAAUAUUUUAUACAUAAUGCUAUGGUUUAUAUGUGUUAGAGUCAACCAAUCACUUAUAACGAAUAGUUUAUUAGGGACAAAAUGUGGCUUUUGUAAUUUUUCUCAAAGGUUCUUUACUUACUCAACAUUGCCAUCUAGUGGUCAUGUUUUUGUAAUUGUUUUAAUCUGACAAAACGUAUUUAGGCUACGUCAUGUAUUGUUGCAUAGUUCUAUUCUUUGGUGAGCUCACAUUUGCAUCGAAGUUACAUUAUGAGAUCACAUAGCAUUGUGAAGUUAAAUUCUCUGUCUUGUGAUAACAAUUCUAGAAUGGCUGGUUACAGUUACAUUCAAAGGCCGAUUAUAUAGAUGUGUAGAUCCGGUUUUCUUUUCCUCUCUAUCCUCUGAGUAUCUUCGGAGAAUUUAGGAAAAGAGAAUGUCGGACCAAUCAAAAUGCACAACCAUCUAUAUGUCUCGGGAGUUGAGACAGGCCAGCGACAAGUCUCUAUCGACAGGUGCUCAAGAGAUACGCUUUCCCAACCACAAAUCACCACCAUCUCUUCGAAUUGGUCAAAUUCAGUCACACCAUUUCAGUUUAGGAAUCCGCCGCUCUUUCGCCUCCACGGACCUGCUCACCAAUGCGCAUCCGCAUUCAGCACACAGUGCACUAUCCCUGGACAGCCUGGAGGGGGUGCUAUCGCUACACUCAGACACUAGAGUGGAGCUCCAGCCUACCAGUGACACCACCCUGAACCCCAGGAGCUCCCACAGCAGCCGGCUCUCCCUGGAGGACAUAGCGCUGCCUGCAGGCGGGGAGGGGAAGUGCAGCGAAGGGAAAAACAGUUUGGGCACGGAAUACGAGGAGAACUGGCAGGACGCCAGAGACGGCGCCAGCGAGUCGCACCCUGAGGAUGAUGAGGAUUCGGGGUCCCUUGAGUCCAUCGAUGAGGAAGAGGAGGAGGAAGGGUUAAUGGUGGUAAACCUCAAAGCAAGGAAAGAGAAAAGGAAAAAGAGACAUGAUGUGGAGGGGACUUCAACUGAGAGCCCAUCAAAGUACCUACAGGAAUUCCAUAGUUUACCCAAGAGGCUAGUGCCCUCUGAGAUCACCCACUGUCUGUAUGAACUAGAGGAGGAGUGCAGGGGAGUGGAGAGAGAGAGCGACAGUGUCAAAUGGAAGAUGGAGCUAAUUCAUCGCAGUGUGGUCACAGUCCAGGAAACACUGCGGACUCUUCUGAAACGCCUGGUGGAGGCUCAGAGCAACGAAGCCCUGGACCCAACCCCAAUACCGACCACCCACCACCUCCUCUCCACCAGCCACCACCGCCCCCCUCACGCUCCCUCUCACUCCCUCUUCCACUCCGCCAACCCUCUCCUGCCGGCAGACGCCCCCACCAAGAUCCUUUCCACCUCCCAGGUGAACCAGGUGCCCUCCAACCUGUCCCAGUGUACACACCACCACUGCCUGGCUCACCGUGCCGUGGCUCGCCGCCCAUCCGAGACUUGCCUGACCGAGGCCAAUGCCACCCUGACCCAGGGCCACUGCUGCCCCAGGACCACCAGCCCUGGAACUGCCACCCUGACCAGCUGUGCCCAGCGGGGGAAGGAGAGGGCAGCAGCCCUCCAUGCCAUCACUGACCUGAGGAUAGACGUAGAGCACCUGCGCGUGGCCUAUGAGGAGGGGCGCCAGGAGCACCGGGAGACCCUGGGGGUGCUGAGGGCCUUCCAGAAGGACAUGGGUACUCUGGUGUCCCACUGGCAGAGAGACAGACUGGACAGACAGAAGCAGAGUGACGUCAGCACACAGCUGGAGGCUAUCAGACAGCAAUCCAACAAUGUAACUGAGAUGACUCGGCAGGCAGUCGCUGUGUUCGGUAAAGUGGGGCUUCAAUUGGAGGGGCUGGGAGCAGUAGGAACUCUGGUCCGCUCUGCCUCUACCAAGCUGACACCCAACAGGUAGGAGUGUCUGUGUGUGUUACCUAUUGGUACGACUGUUGCAUGCACCAUUUUCUGUGAUCUGAUACUAAAUGCUGGUGUGUGUAGCUCUCUGCUGUGCCAGUGCUGCACUUCCAAGACAAUGGAUGGAGAGAGCAAAGAAGAAUGAGAGCAAACAUAUAGUAUUGCCUUGAUUGAAAUAAAACGUUUAUCUGGAAAUCUUAUCUUCUUUCUUUUUUUUCCCCUUUUCUUUCUACAUUCUCACAGAGUUCAACUUAACUGCACAUUCACUUAUGUUAAUCUUUAACUUUUUCAAAAAGGGAAACAGGUAAGUCAUUCACUAUAUGCUGCUUUAUGAUACAGUACACAUAGGCCUCUUUGGAGUCCAGUCACAGAUAAAUGUCAUAAAUGUACUGAACAUCUUGUGGGACACUGUUGACGGUAACACACACAUGCACACCCACACGCACGCACACACACAAAAGGCUCACCAGUACUAAUUUGAACAACUUUGUAAAGGUAAGACGUGUAAAUACUUUAUUUAAAAACACUUAUUGAACAAGCAGGUGAAAUCAAGGACAAAGCAACGGAGAAAACAGUGUUCCGCUGUAGCUCAGUUGGUAGAGGAUUGCGCUACCAGGAUAAUGGGUUUGAUUCCCGGGACCACUGGUACGUUAUAUUUAUGCACGCAUGUCUGCUAAAUGGCAUAUAUUAUCAUUUAUAUAUAAUAUUCCAUUUGAAAUGUUGUUGCCGUUUGAAUCAUGGUUCAAGCAUUUUACAUUUACAGUACAUUUUAGUCAUUUAACACUUAUCUAGAGCACUCAUCUUUAGGUAGCUAGGUAAGACAACCAAAUAAGACAACCAAACUUUUUCUCAGUAGAGUAACUAUCAGCAAAGUCAGGGCUAGUAAUAAAAGACAAGUGAAAGUGUGCAAGAAAAGCAAGUAGCCUACAUAUUAAACUGUAAAAGAAAUGUUUAAAGGUCCAAUGCAGCCAUUUUUAUUUCAACAUCAAAUCAUUUCUGGGUAACAAUUAAGUACCUUAACGUGAUUGUUUUCAAUUAAAAUUGUAAAAAUAUACAAAAAUAGCUUCUUAGCAAAGAGCAAUUUCUCAGGCAAUGAUUUUGUUAGGACUGUCUGGGUGUGGUUUAAGUGAGGAGGGGAAAACUGACAAUUUGCUGUUAUUGGCAGAAAGGUUUGGAACUCUCUUUCUUAUUGGUCUAUUAACUCAUUUACAGCCUGGUGAUGUCACCAUGGAAGGCCAAAACUCCCUCCUACCAAAACAGGGGGACAUUUCAGGUGGUCUUUUUACACAGCUCUUACACUAAAAGGGCAUUAUCAUAAUUUUCACAAUUUCACAGUAUUAUUCCAAGCUCAUAGUGUGGAAAUAUAUAUAAAACACAGCCAAAUCACGUUUUUGACUGCACUGGACCUUUAAAGCCUGAGAUUAACAUUCA